AAUGCGAGGAAAAGUUCCACCCUCACUAAGUUAAAACAUGGUCACGACGUGCAUUCAGCUGCAGGCACCCUAUGGAUUAAAUCUAGCAGAAUACGAGAUCUGAGAGUGAAUAUACUGGACAAUGUACUGGAAAAAUGAACAAACAACAUCGAAAGACAGCCCUGGCAAGAACACCGUCAAAUCUCAGGAGCUGUUUGAAGAAGUAUCGUGUUCUUCGUCGUCGUCUCUGUCGCCCAGCUCUUCACCUCAUGCCAUGACAGAUAAAGCCAUCUGUACCAGCUGUGGAACUGAGAUAGUCGACAAAUAUCUGCUCAAGGUGAACGACAUGUGCUGGCACGUGAGAUGCCUGUCGUGCAGCGUGUGCCAAACAUCUCUGGGCAGACACAUCAGCUGUUAUAUAAAAGAGAGAGAGAUAUUCUGCAAAUUGGAUUACUUCAGGAAAUACGGGACACGUUGUGCUCAUUGUGGCAGGAACAUACAUUCAAAUGAUUGGGUCCGUAGAGCAAAAGGGAACACCUACCACCUGGCUUGUUUCGCCUGUUUCUCCUGUAAGAGGCAGCUGUCCACAGGAGAAGAGUUUGCCUUGGUGGAUGAGAGAGUUCUGUGUCGAGUGCACUAUGAUUGCAUGCUGGACAACCUGAAACGGGCCAUGGAGAAUGGAAAAGGAGUGAAUGUGGAGAGAGCUGUUCCCUCUGAGCAGGAAGUGAAUCAACCUAAGCCGGCCAAGAGGGCACGCACAAGUUUCACAGCAGACCAGCUUCAGGUAAUGCAAGCCCAGUUUGCUCAGGACAACAAUCCAGAUGCACAGACUUUACAAAAGUUGGCAGAAAGAACCGGUCUUAGCCGGAGGGUUAUUCAGGUUUGGUUCCAGAACUGUCGAGCUCGUCAUAAGAAGCAUGUGAGCCCAAAUCACUCGUCCACUGCACCAGUGUCAUCUCUGCAGCCUGCCAGACUAUCUCCGCCUCUAAUAGAUGACCCUCAGUACACCGCUUUCGCCCCUGUGGACACUCCUAUGCUCACUGCUCUACACUCCUAUAUGGAUGGUACCUUAUGCUCUGAUGGGAUAUUACUGUACCACUGAUUCGGUGUAUGGGGCUUGAUUAGUUACGUCCACUCUCCAACUUCACUGGUGCUGCAGCCUCUUUUGUCUCACUCGAUGACACAGCUGCCCAUCAGCCACACCUGAGAUGCCCACUGCGACCACGCUGUCAGUCAGGUCAGAUUCCAGAGGACGGGAUUGGAAAUAUUCACUCUAUUGAUUGAGUCUUGAACAAGACCCAUGCUACUCUUUCAUGGGCACUUACUGAAGGAUAUCGAUCUUGCAAAAAGAUUCAAACAUUUCAACUUAUUGUGAAAAGAGCCUGAAGUUUUUGUUUAAUAUAUAUAUAUAUAUUAUAUAUGGAAUAUAUAAUGUGAUGGAAUAAGUGGCAUUUAAUUUAUUUCUUGUAUGUGACUGAGCACUUUGUUUUAAAAUAAAUUUACCAUGGAGUUAAG